UGUUAAUAAUACAUAGUUAUAGCGGAAACCUAGUCUUAUAUGCAAAAAAGAAAUAGUUACAUAUGUUGUGCAGCUAAGUUUAUCCGCAUUUUUAAAUAGGGCACUAGGUAUAUCGAUAGUAUUCAAAUCUGUAACGUCAGUGACUUGCUUACUAUGAUUUGCUUCUGUCUGCCUUUUAAAAAAGGGAUGUGUCAAAGUCGUUUAUCACAUCAUUCAUUGUUUGUGAAUUUGUUGUUCUGUCUGUGUUCUGCAACAUGUGUUACAGAAACUAAAUAGAGUUGUAAAUGAGAGUUGUACUGUGUGCUUGUAUUUGUUUUGUAUCUUUUGUUGGGUUGGAAUUUUGUAAUUAAAUAUUUAAUUUUGUGAAUGUAAUUAUCUGAAGUUUAAGAUAUUCUUCGAUUAUUAUUAUCAGUCACGUAAGCGUACAAAACAAUGGAUCAAAUAGCUCAAACUCCUCCCAUACCGCAUAUUGUACAAGUUUAUCCGCCGGCCGUAACCAACACGAAGAUUCAGAGCCCACAUAUUAUUCAUAUAUCACAUCAAACUUUGCAAACAUCGCAAGGCAAAGUAGCGUAUCAACAGAAUAUGGGUCCAAAACCGCUUCAUAUACCUGUUUCAUCCCAUAUAGAAAUUCAAAACCAAAUGAUGACUCAAGACCAAAUUGUAAUGUCAUGUCAGCACGUACAUUUACAGAAUUUAAAUCCGCCUUUGCAAGCUCAGAUGCAUUUAGGCAACAAUGAUAUGGGAUCUUCAGUACAGAUUGCAUCUCAUGUCAUCUUACCUCAGAUGCCUGUCUUCAAACAGCAUGUGUUGGUGAAUGGAGUACAGCAGCAAUAUUUUGAGUAUGAACCCUACCAGAAACAAGAAUGUGCUGAGAAAGUCAACCCAGAAACUGUCGUGCCUGUACAGCAAAUUGAAUGUAAAACUGAAAACACAAAGGAAACAUAUACACCUCCUUUGAAAAGAACCCGAGGCCAAGUCCGAAAUCCUGAUAGAUGGGCUUGUAAUGUUCGCAAAUUGAAACACCAGAGAGGGGAAGCCUAUAUCAGUAGAAGAGGGAAGUAUGUUCCAGAGAGGAGAGUACGUAACAUGAAAGACUGCCUUCAAUCGUGCAAGUACAAAUGCAACGAAAAAAUUUGUGAUAUUGAUCGUGAACAUAUAUUCAAAGCAUUUUACUCUUUGAACGCAAAUGAAAAGAAACAUUUUCUUUUAAAUACUACUGAAAGAAAUUAUGUCAAACAUAAAAUGGGUGAAACCAAUCACAGACGCAAGUAUUCAUUCAAGUAUUUCUUUCUAGUAAGAGCGGUCAGGUAUACUGUGUGUAAAAACUUUUAUUUAGGGACCCUCGCAAUAUCCCAAAAACCUAUUUAUAAUGUGCAUUUGGGAAAAUCUGAAAUGAACAUACCAAAGCCAGAUGGUCGAGGAUUGUCUGAAGCCAGUACCCAUAGUCUUCCACCUGAAGUGAAAGAACGGGUGAGGCAACAUAUAAUGUCCUUUACCACAAUAGACUCCAAACCUAUAAAACAGUUUUCAAAAAAGAAACAGUAUUUAAAACUUUCUUUGACUGUAAAACAAAUGUACAAUAUGUAUUUUGCUGAAUGUAGCAAAGAGAACUUAGAACAUGUCAAAGAGUCAAUGUACAGGAAAAUUUUAAAACAAGAAUUUAACUUGCAUUUCAAGAAAAUUAAAAAUGAACAAGAAGUCUGUUGUAAAUGUAAAGGUGUCAUCAAGAAAAAGUCAUAAUGCUUAUUAUUUUUAACAGUGCCGGGAACCACACGGCAACAAAUACAAAAAAAAUAAGACCACUCUAUCUCUUUUCUAUGGAUGUCGUAAAAGGCGACUUAGGGAAACGGCUUACAUUCUCGGGAUUUCGUUUUUUAGGCCAUUGCCUAAUAUUGAUAUAGAAUAGUGACAUGUCACUAUUUGAAUUUCAAUUCUAUCUCUAAGUCUAAUAGCUGAAUGUGGCCUAUCAGUCUUUUUAAGACUGUUGGCUCUGUCUACCCCGCAAGGGAUAUAGACGUGACCGUAUGUAUGUAUGUUUAUAUUUAAGUAUCUACAAAUGCUCAAUCAACUUAAAAUGCAGACUUAUAAGAAAAUUUUCUAUUAAUGGGUUGUAAAAAGAGUGAAUUAGUGUAUAAUUGAUACUCAAUUUGCAUUGAUAGCAUUACGAAAGAAUAGUAGAUUGUCCUAUUUGAGGUUGGAUUUUUAUAAAGAUGACUGAAUUAUAUAUAAAAAGAGAUUAUUUAUUAGGUUUAUUCAAUUGAAGACAGUGUGUACUCUUGUGCAGUUAAAAAUACAUAUAUGAAAACAUUUUAAUUGGUACAAGUAAUAAAUUUUGUCUUAUAUAUAUAAGGUCUAUACUUUCAUAUGCUAACAUCUGUGCCAAUGAUUUUAACAAAUUAAUGUUCCGCCUAUCAAUCUUUCGGUU